AUGGAAGAUUCAGUGGACAUGGACAUGAGCCUCCUGAGGCCCCAGAACUAUCUUUUCAGUUGUGAACUAAAGGCCGACAAAGAUGAUCACUUUAAGGUGGAUAAUGAUGAAAAUGAGCACCAGUUAUCUUUAGGGGCUGGUGCAAAGGAUAAAUUGCACAUUGUUGAAGCAGAGGCAAUGAAUUACGAAGGCAGUCCAAUUAAAGUAACACCAGCAGCUUUGAAAAUGUCUGUACAGCCAACAGUUUCCCUUGGGGGCUUUGAAAUCCCACCACCAGUGGUCUUAAGGUUGAAGUGUGGUUCAGGGCCAGUGCAUAUUAGUGGACAGCACUUAGUAGCUGUGGAGGAAGAUGCAGAGUCAGAAGACGAAGAGGAGGAGGAUGUGAAACUCUUAAGUAUAUCAGGAAAGUGGUCUGCCCCUGGUGGUAGCAAGGUUCCACAGAAAAAAGUAAAACUUGCUGCUGAUGAAGACGAUGAUGAUGAAGAUGAUGAUAAUGAUGAUUUUUAUGAGGAAGCUGAAGAAAAGAACCAAUCAAAAGGACAAGAAUCCUUCAAAAAACAAGAAAAAAAUCCUAAAACACCAAAAGGACCUAGUUCUGUAGAAGACAUUAAAGCAAAAAUGCAAGCAAGUAUAGAAAAAGGUGGUUCUCUUCCCAGAGUGGAAGCCAAGUUCAUCAAUUAUGUGAAGAAUUGCUUCCGUACCACUGAGCAGGAGGCUAUUCAAGAUCUCUGGCAGUGGAGGAAAUCUCUUUAA